UUUCUUUCCCCUUUUCUUAUCACAAGUAAGUUUAUACAAAUUUCUAAAUUGAUCACUUCAAUUGCAGACCUCUGUGCAUUCCCGAAUCUGGGUUGUUUGUGAAUUUUCGAAAUGAGAUGAACUAAUUUGACGCUUAACAUGAGAAAGAAACAAAGUUGCGUGAGGAAAUCCGAAGUAAUUAACAUCGAAUUGGGUUUGAUUGAUGGCUCAUUUACUUUUCUGAUUGGAAUUCCACGUUCUGGAUCUGCAAGUAUCUUAGGUGAGAAAAAUGGCAUAGAUGACCGAAGUUUUGGGGGAUAUUUGUUUAGCUGGUUUGAACUGUUGUAGCCAUUGUGUUAGAUUCUGAUUUCUGAGUACUGGAGCUGAUUGUUCGUUGGAUCCCUGUUACGGAUGGUGCCUUCGAGGGUGGCCGUAGGAACGGCUCAAUUAUCUUCAAGCUCAGGAGUUUUCUUUCGAGGGGAUGGACAAGGCCAGUUUCCGGGAAAUUCCCAGCCCAGUUCAUUGAGUUCACUACCUGGUCCCUUUUCUGGGGAUGUCAGCAAUAUAGUCUUGAACAGUUUGGCAAGCUCUGGCCCCAGUGUUGGGGCAAGUUCUUUGGUUACUGAUGCGAACUCGGGGCUUUCAGGAGGUCCCAACCUUCAAAGAAGUGCUAGUGUUAAUACCGAAUCUUACAUGCGCUUGCCUGCCUCGCCUAUGUCAUUCUCAUCUAAUAAUAUUAGCAUUUCAGGCUCUUCUGUCAUGGAUGGAUCCUCAGUUGUGCAACAAAGUUCGAAUCAAGAUGCUGUUUCGCAGCACAGCCAGCAGCAUCAUGGAGUUUCUAGUGCCACGUCUUUGCCACGCACGGGACAGCUUCAGUUUCCUGGUGGUGCAAGUGUGCACGGUUCUUUCGCCCUCGACCAAGCUACAAUGUCUCAGCUGCAGAAAAAACCCCGUUUGGAUAUAAGGCAGGAAGAUAUUGCGCAGCAGCAGGUUUUGCGGCAGCUAUUUCAGAGACAAGAUUUCAUGCAUUUACAGAACUCGAAUCCUCAAUUGCAAGCUUUGAUUCAGCAACAGAGACUGAGGCAGCAAGAGCAACUGAUUCUACAGGCUAUGUCGCCAAUGCAGCGGGUUCAGCUAUUGCAGCAACAGCAGCAGUUGCAGUCAAGACACCAGCUUCAAAUGCAGGGAAUGCCAUCUUCAACUGCAGUUCAACCUAAUGAUGGUGGUGUAUGCUCUCGUCGUCUAAUGCAAUAUCUGUAUCACCAUCGACAACGUCCUGCUGACAAUACCAUUGUCUAUUGGAGAAAUUUUGUGGCAGAGUUUUACUCUCCACGUGCGAAGAAGAGAUGGUGUCUAUCACUGUAUAAUAGCGUUGGGCAGCAUUCACUCGGGGUGUUUCCUCAGGCUGCAAUAGAUGCAUGGCAGUGUGACAUUUGUGGCUCAAAAUCUGGAAGGGGGUUUGAGGCAACUUUUGAAGUGCUCCCUAGACUCGAGGAGAUCAAGUUUGCCAGUGGUGUAAUUGACGAGCUACUGUUCCUGGACCUGCCUCGUGAGAGUAAAUUCCCUUCGGGAAUAAUGAUGCUGGAGUAUGAAAAGGCAGUUCAAGAAAGUGUGUAUGAGCAACUCCGUGUGGUCCGUGAGGGUCAUCUUCGCAUUCUUUUCACCCCUGAUUUAAAGAUUUUGUCUUGGGAGUUUUGUGCCCGGCGUCAUGAAGAACUUCUUCCUCGUCGAAUUGUUGCAUCCCAGGUUAAUCGAUUGCUACAGGUCGCCCAGAAAUGUCAAAGCACGAUAGCUGAGAGCGGAGCUGAUGGUGUUUCCCAUCAAGAUUUACAGGCGAACAGUGCUAUGGUCAUAACAGCCGGGCUCCAACUUGCUCGGAGUUUGGAGUUACAGUCGGUGAAUGAUCUUGGCUUCUCCAAGAGACAUGUCCGGUGCCUGCAGAUAGCGGAUGUCGUUAGUAGCAUGAAAGAUUUAAUGGAUUUCUGCAGUGACCAAAAGAAAGGCCCUAUAGAGGGCUUGAACAGUUUCCCCAGAUUUUCUUCUGCGUCCCGGGUCCAGGUGACAGAUCACAACACACUCAACAAGCUCAUGGCAUUGCAUCCUGGGCUCAGUAGCCAGCAUCCGGGGAGUCGAGGAGCUCUAACUGGAUCAGCACCUGGUGGUCUUGCAAUGACUAACUACCAGAAUUUGCUGAUGAGACAGAACUCAAUGAACUCAACUAAUAGCGUAAAUCAGCACGAGGGGUCUUCUUCUUCUGUCCCCACAACUCCUGGGUCUUCAGGUGCUUUUCCGGGAAUGCUUCAGAAUCCGCAGAUUGGUAGCCAAGCAUCACAGAAACAGCAGAGUCAACCUCUGCUCGCACAAAACAACCAAACACUACAACAUCAGAUGCUUCAGCAGUUUCUGCAUGACAUGAACAGAAAGAACAAUGGGGGAGCAGCCGUGCAGAUUCAAAACCAAGAUUCAAUGUUGAAAGCUCAACCACAGCCCCCAAGCAGAGGCAAUAGUUUCAAAGAUGCUUCUUUCAAGAGUGAAUCUUCAGCAUCUGUUGGUCAUAUGGGAUAUGGCUAUGACCAGAAAUCGUCAUAUUUUCCAGAGAGCCUUCGUUCUUCUGAUGAGAUGGUUCCGGACAUUGCCCACGAGUUGAUCGAAAACGGCUUCUUCAACAAUGAUCUUGAUGAAAGCAUGAACUUCAGCUGGAAGGGAUAACUAAUCUGUGUGUUAUUUUAUAGUAUACAUAUAUACAGAUUCUGAGGGAGUGUAAUAUCGAUAAUGUGUUUAUAUAGGCUGGUUUCACUUGGGUUUCAUUUGACUGUGUUUUGCAUAUUUAAACUUCAAAAUUUAUGUUGAAUCUUUCUAUUAAAUUGCAAUGAAA